AUGACCCUGUACCAGCGGGACUGUAUGGAGUCUCAUUGUUUUACCUCAGCUUACCUCCAAUUGGAAAUAUCUAUUCCCACUAUUGUAUGUACUGUGACCUCAAUGCCUCUACGAAUACUGCCUCACACAUAGGUUUGUUUACUCCAUGUGUAUUCAUCUAAUCCAUGUUGUUGUUUGUCUUUUUCAGCUCAAAAGGACCACACUGCUGAGGAUGACCGGCUCAAUGCAGCACAGAAAAGGUAUGAAUCAUCUCUAUCCAUUCUAAUAUGAUAACACAACACGAUUAACCUAGAGGUCUUAGACCAAACAACAUGUAAUCUGUUUAACAGAAGAGCUCUGUAUUUGCUGACCUGGCUGUUUGCAUACCUCUGGAAUACUCUAAUGUUGGCUUUUAUAAGACCUUUCGACAUUCAGAAGGGAACCCAGCCAAGUAUAAUGGAUGGUGGAUGUCAUAAGGGCAUGACGGUUAUUUAGCAUGUUUCACUUACAUAACAUGGCUCACAUCAGAUAAAAGUAAUGCUGGUCAUUUGUAAAGCUGUCUGUAGUAAUUUGUCUUAUCACGAUCCUUAUCUGAGGCUAAAGUCCUGGGACCUUGCGGUAUCCAGGCUCUUCAGUCAUGUAGCAGAUCCUCAGGUCAUAACCUGGCUCACUGUAGACUAGCCCCGAGACAGGGAGGGCUGCCUAUGGAGACACAAACACACACACACACACUACGCUUACAUGUUCACACACACCCACCAAACUCACAUACACAUAUUACCUUCCUAUUCACACACUGCUCCAGCACCGAUACAUGUUUGCAUACACACACUGUGCUCACUCCACUCCAGUGAUUAUCAGGCCUUAUCUUUCGUGUGUGGUACUGCAAACUUCAAGAGUCACUGUAAGAAGCGGCCCAUCUGAUUUAUGGAGAUAUGGUCAACUGGCAGAAAUGUAACAAGUGUCCGAGCGAAACCAUAUCUGGAAAAUGUCAUAUUGGAAAAACACACUAGAAAGAACAAACAAAAUAUUAUUUUUCCUUGUUUAGAUAGAGACCAGAAUUGUUUGCUUUAAAUCAUAGCUCUCCCAAUUCCAAAAUAAAUCAUGAAAAGCACAUAAAGGGAAAAGUUUCCAAACGUCCCUGUUUCAUGUUUCCAUUUCAAGCCAAGAGAAGCACUCAGCUUGGGCAUGCAUGGGUCUCUCCAUCUCUCUCUGUGUCUCCCUCACUCUUCUCACUUGCUCUCUCCCCUCUCUCUCUGUCUCUCUCUUUCCACUCUAUCCCUGUCCCUCUCUCUCUCCCUUUCGCUCUCCUGGUGGUAUUGUGAUAUCUCUGUCCGUGGCUGUGUGACUGACACCAGUGUAAUGAAGAUGUUGAACUUGGGGAUAUUGAUCAAAAGGGUCCCGCGGCUGACAGCCCCCAGCCUUUAAUGAAGUUUGCCUUUAACUUCACCUAAACGGGGCCGGGGGCUGCCUGGCGCUGGGGGGCGGGGGUGGCUCUCAGGUUCCCAGGGACGCACCUCGUAAAAGUGACACGCUGGUGAUGAAUAUGGGCGGUGGGCCGUGGUGUGUGUGUGCUGUGGUGUGUGUGUGCUAUAUUGUGUGUGUGUGCUGUGUGUUCUGUGGGCCCUGGGUGGGCCCCGACCCUCACAUCUGUCCUGGAAGAGGCAUUCACACUGUCCAACACAGCCACGCAUUAGGGCCCCGUGUUAAUAAGACUCAUAGACAUCACAUUACCACUGCUAGCUACUGAAACACUGGGCCAACCCCUCAACGAGUGGGAUUGUGGUUGUUUGUUAUGGUCCAUGUGGCCUCAAGCCAACCACCAUAAUAGGACUGAUUUGGGUUGUAGUAAAUUUGCACAAAUUUGGAUACUUGGUUGGUAAAAUUACUUUAUGGGAAGCUGAUAUCAUACACAGUUUAUGACAUCAGUUUUGGGGGUUUGUUUUAGUUUUCCUGGGUAUCCUAUGCAGUGAGUAAUGAGGUCCUCUCCAGAACACGCAAUCCUAAUUUGUUCCUUUUAUGUUUCAGUUUCCCUGAGGUUUCCUGAUACGUCCACAGUUAAUGGACCAUUAAGUUUCCCCUCCCUCAUCAAUGCUCAACUGCACCGUGUGUGCUGCUUACAUACGUAUGUGGUUACAGGGUGAUUUGCUGGAGGGAUAUUAGAACUGUCCCAACUUCCGUUAUCCACUAUCCAUAGUAUAUUGAAGAUGUCUCAUCUCCGUUAAAGAAACAACAGCUGAUCACAAAAGUGUGUUUACUGUUCUAAUCUGGUUUUGUAUGGAAUGUCUUAGCGGUCCAAAUAUCCUCCUGAUAUACCCGGCUGCCCAGGCUUUUUUAACUGGCCUGUUUUACAGCCAUAAGUGAGGAAUGCUGAACAUAGGUACAGUAAUAAACCAUCUCACGGCAGUUGCGUCAUAGCCCUCCAGAAGUGCGUGGUAUGUGUUUGUAGGACUCGGAGUGGGCGUGUGUGUGUGUGUGUGUGUGUGUGUGUGUGUGUGUGUGUGUGUGUGUGUGUGUGUGUGUGUGUGUGUGUGUGUGUGUGUGUGUGUGUGUGUGUGUGUGUGUGUGUGUGUGAGAAAGAGUAAGAGUAAGAAAAGGCAAGGGAAAGAGCUCACCACACUACAGAUUGUGUGUGAUUUGUGUGAGCUCUGACACCUGACCCAGGGUCAGGGAAGGAGCCAAUACAAAAGCGGCCUAGUUAAUCACGCUGGACCGUGCUGGUCAGGUCUACAAAGGCUUCCAGAAUUGAUGCCCGGCUGUCCUCUCUCUGUUCUGUUCCUCCUGGGUUCCGCUGGUCUGGUCUGGUCUGGUCUGGUCUGGUCUGGUCUGGUCUGGUUGUGGAACGAGGCAAGGCGAGGAUGAACUACUGCACUAUCGGAGGAGGAGCACAUGACAGAUAUCUGAGGAAUGGGAAUCGGCUAGUCUGUGGGAGUAGCCGUCUGCCGCGCACAUUGCCCCGUCCCCCAACACUCCCCGCCCAACAUGUCUUACAUUAGCGUCGCAACAGCCACCUACCAUCUGGAGGUCAAAACCUCUGUGUCAAUCUGGGAGCAUCUCCUGAAUCAUGACUCCUCUAUAUCAAGUGUGUGACAGACAGGCCUAGCAAAUGCCUUUAAUGUUUGGGUUAGAGAAAACCCUGGAGCAGCAGGCUGCUUUUCAAGCCCUGUGAGCACUGCUGAAAGACUUGUGAAGAAUUUAGAUUUGGUUACAAUUGAAUUAGUCUGAGGAUCUGCCAUGCACAGGGCUGUGGAUUCUCUUCUCAUGAAUCUUGAAUCUCUUCAAGUAGUAGUCCCUUCUAUUCAUGGAUUUGAAGACCUAAUCCACAACAUGUUUGAGUCAAACAUGUCUCAGAGAGCAGGACGGAUGAACGUUACAAACGUGUGUGUGUGUGUGUGUGUGUGUGUGUGUGUGUGUGUUUGUGUGUGUGUGUGUGUGUGUGCGUGCAUGUUCGAUCUCAGCCAGCACCAUGCUGUGUUUUGAUGUAACAUUUACACAUUCCUGUGAUCAUCUUGCAUAUUGUCUGCCAAUAACCAUUGUUCCUGGAUCGAAACAACGUGUGUGUGUGUGUGUGUGUGUGUGUGUGUGUGUGUGUGUGUGUGUGUGUGUGUGUGUGUGUGUGUGUGUGUGUGUGUGUGUGUGUGUGUGUGUGUGUGUGUGUGUGUGUGUGUGUGUGUGUGUGUGUGUGUGUCUGCCAGCUCUUGGCUGGAUCCCCUGGCACUGUUCCCCUUCAGGCUGUAGUAGAGGUCAAUGUGAUAAUGGAUCCCCUGGCACUGUUCCCCUUCAGGCUGUAGUAGAGGUCAAUGUGAUAAUGGAUCCCCUGGCACUGUUCCCCUUCAGGCUGUAGUAGAGGUCAAUGUGAUAAUGGAUCCCCUGGCACUGUUCCCCUUCAGGCUGUAGUAGAGGUCAAUGUGAUAAUGGAUCCCCUGGGACUGUUCCCCUUCAGGCUGUAGUAGAGGUCAAUGUGAUAAUGGAUCCCCUGGCACUGUUCCCCUUCAGGCUGUAGAAGAGGUCAAUGUGAUAAUGGAUCCCCUGGCACUGUUCCCCUUCAGGCUGUAGUAGAGGUCAAUGUGAUAAUGGAUCCCCUGGCACUGUUCCCCUUCAGGCUGUAGUAGAGGUCAAUGUGAUAAUGGAUCCCCUGGCACUGUUCCCCUUCAGGCUGUAGUAGAGGUCAAUGUGAUAAUGGAGCCUCCGCUACCGGCUCUCCCCUGUGACCCAGCAGGAUGUCCUCUCACUGCCCAUCUCUCAAUUCACUCUUUCCUUCUUCCCUCUGUUUCUCCCACACAGCUUCCUGGACAUGGUGGGCUACUUUGGGCUCAAGCCAAAGUCUGGGGAGAAGGAGGUGGCCCCCGGUUACGUCUUCAUGCUCUGGUAUGAGUUCUGCAGCGACUUCAAGAACACGUGGAAGCGGGAGAGUAAGAACAUCUCCAAGGAGAGGUGAGUGGAAGAAGCCAGGCCUGCAUCAGAGCUCAUAUUAAAUCACACAGCUUGUGAUGAAGGGGACAGUUCUACAGCUCUUUUCCAACUGUAUCUAUUUCUAGAACCCUGAGUGUUCUUUUUUUGAUGGCAUAAAAGGGGGAUUUUUUGUGACUGGGUCAAAGUUCAGCCUUCACACUUUAAAUAUGUUGAACAGCACCUUUAGUCGCUCUUUUCUUACCCCUCUUUAUUAACACGUACCAGAUUGUUGGUGUCCCUCACAUUUAUGUGUGGUACAAAACACCCCAAACGGGGCAUUAUACAUUCUGUAGACAGUGUGGAGUGGAGCUGCUUUUACCAGUUAUUAUUAAAGCUCAGGGGCAUCAAAGAGAAGGUAGGCAGACCGGGACCAGGGCCUGGUACAGAGUCAAAGCCUGGGGCUGGAUUUACGGUGUUUCAGCUGACCUGAGGCGUGGUGUCGGAGGGGAGUCCAACUGCGGCACAGCAGCUCUCCUGGAGUCCUCCUGGCUUUACUGGCAUGGGACAGAGGCCCGUUAAAGACUGUGUGUUCUGGGAGGAUUGUUAAACAUUGUCAUGAUCUGACCAGUCCACAGGGCUUCAGGCUUACAGCACAUGGAGACAUGCAGCACUGGCCUACCCUGUGCUGAGUGUCUGGUGUCAGGGCUGCUUCGAAGGGACAGUAACGGUCCAAACGAGCGUUAGAGUAUUUUGGCAUCCUUGUACUAUGCUCUUAUUGAAUAUGGGAGAGACAAUGGUAACUGUAAUGUUGAUACUGAUGAGGUUCUACAGAACCCUGGGCUGUUGUUGGGUGUGUUUGCUCCAUACGCACCAUACAUACAGUACAGCAGGGCAGCUAUCUUUGAACUGGUGAGUUAUGGACAGAGUUAAUGCGCUCCUAACCAUUCCAUGGAUCCAUGUGCUCUCUCUUAAUUGUUUACUAGGCAAUCAUGUCCCGUAUUACCCACAGCUGAUUGUGCUUAUGUACAAUUAACUUUAUUUUAAAUACUGUUUGCACACCCAUAAAACUCAAGUGUUUUUAAGACUAGCUCAUUAUCUCAUUGGCCCACUGUCAUUCUCCCUGCUUUAAGCGGUGGGCUUCACUACCUGCGAACUCCAGAAGGCUCAGCAGAACAGAGUGGGGCUGUGAGGGAGGAUGAGGACUCUGUGCCAUCCUUACGUGCAGUGUUCGCGGUAAAAUAUAACACGUUGCGGCGGUGCUUGGCUGUGCCAUAUGCAAUAGUGCCCAGUGGGGGAUACAUACUGUGGUGUGUACAUGCUGCUAUUACAGUACAAACAGCUUCUGGAGGGACUGAGGCCCCUGUUAGCUAACUAACUCAUGUGCGCCAAUGUUACUAACAGACAUCAAGAGGUUUUCUGUCUUAGACAUGACAGAGUUGUGCCACAUGGUCAGAUAUGUGACACAAUGUACAAAUAUGAGAGAGCUGUUAGGGUUUAUGUACUAAUAUCAAAGGUUAUUUUAACCUGGAUAGAUAGAGACAUGUUUGUGGUGUCCUGGUAUGAUUGUUUCCCCUUUCUUCCAGGCUGAAGGAAGCGCAGGAGAACAUGAAAAAGAUCACUGCUGAGAACAGGGUGGAAACCAAGAAGGUCAAUGCCAACAGUCUGGUAAGAACUGGACUCCCUUCAACCCCCCUCAAAUAUUUUGAUCAGUAACAUGGUUGCUAUUACCUUGGCUACUAACACAGUUGAUCAUGGUGGGUCAUAGCAUAUAACACAAUGCUAUAAAUCUCAGCUAUCCCUUUUUCUCCUCUGUCAAUAGAAAGAGAGACUGCGUCAGAAGGAAGCCAGCGUGUCCUCCAGCUGA